CUGUCUUCUGGUCUCUCUCUAUCUGUCCCGCCCUCCUUCUCGUCCUCUGGGGCGAGAACCUUCAAUCUUUGCUUGUCUAUGGAUCUUGGAGCCGGUGCUGGUAUCCUACCCGCGUUUGGGCUUUUCGCCUUGUCCAGCAGCGCCCUUGCCGCUAACGCGUCUGCGCGCGUCUUCGACCUCAGGACCCGGUCGGACGAGACCGCCAUUGCCUCGAGACCCGACAACACAGGCAUGGAC